CGUUCGUAGAUAACCCGCGAAAAUUAUCACUGAAAAUGGAUCUGCGAUUAGUGUUGUUUCGUGUGACAGCCACCAGUGCGGCUCAAACUGUGUUUACCAACUGUGAAACUAUACCGGAGGCGGUCUAGUUGCGUGUUGAGUGGUUUUCCGUGUGUCUGAAGCUAUUUUGAGAUGUCGUCGACGACUUCACUCGACGGGAAGAGAUUAACGCUGAGCACGCUGCUCGAGACGGACCACUACGAGAGUCUGAUCAAGGAGCUGACGUGCACGAAAUGCAAGAAGUACAUGAAGCCGCCGCUCCAUCUGUGCGUGGACGGACACAGCAUCUGCGGGCUGUGCUUCGAGAAGAGCUACCAGUGCCAUGUGUGCAAGAAAGAGCUGUCCCCAAUCCGGCCGCUGGUACUCGAGUCCCUGGCGCAUAAAGUGCUGUUCCCGUGCACCAACGCGGGCUGCCCGCGCCACGCCACGCUGCCGCAGCUCGAGAAGCACGCCGCCAACUGCCAGUUCCGGAUCAUCAACUGCUUCAUGGCCAGGGUUUACGGUGACUGCAACUGGGAGGGCAAGGCCGGCGACUGGAUGGACCACUGCUUCGAGAAGCACACGGGCAAGGUCACUGAACUGCCCUUCAUCACCGUCCGGGACAAGUGGAACCCCAAGCGGAGCGAGCCCGUCAUCAACUACUUCCUCAUGAAGUGCUAUGAGAAGGUGUUCAAUGUCUACCAAAUUUACGAUAGGAGGGGUGGCAGAAUGAUGUGGACGGUGCUUGUCAACGAUGAUAAUCCUGAAACCUACUAUUUCGAAGUGGAUCUCUUUCUACCAAACAAUCCUAUCAAGAAAAUCGUUUACAGACGUCCAUGCAAGAGCGAGAGAGAUGCAGAUUUCUUGGAGCACACCCAAAACGUAUACAUUCCUGUAGAGAACGUGUUCUCUAUGCUUGAUGACAACGAAGCUAUCAACUUUAUUGUGAGAAUCGGAGAGGCCGAGAACCUGCCCCUCCUUGAGACUCCGGCUCAGAGUGGCAGCCUCGUGCUCCUUCAGAACAGCGACGAGCACAGGGAGAAUCACAUCCAGCCACAGUGAAAACAAAAGAAAACGUACAAAAUCGCAAUAAACAAGCAAAUUAUAACAAUAGGAACGGCAGCGAGAUAAUUAAAAUCUAAAACAGACUUGCGUUGGGUAUAGUCUUUCGCGGCGCAGAGUAGACGGAACUAUAGUGGGAAGGGUUUGUUGAGUUUAUUAAUUUAUUUAUUGUUUAUGAGUACCUAUAUAACUUUAACCUAUCAUUAAAGCUAGUCCAUUAGAUUGUUCUUCUUGCCAAUGUUAGUGCCUCUUUGGAUUGAUUGUAUAAAAGUUAUAGAAAAUGUGUUGAAAUUUAAGUUAUGCUAAUUUAUUGAAAAUGCUGUUGUGUUGAUGCUAUUAAAACCAUGUUGCAUAGGUAGUAACUAGUACUUUUUCGAAAGUAUAUUAUCGUGUUGUCAAAAUGUCACUCAAAUUAAUUGUAAGUCAAUGGCUGCCCAGGGUACUUCGGACUUAUGCAACGUACAGUUGAUACGUCACUCGGGGAAGAUCCUUUUGUACCCGACUGAAAGAUAUUCCUUAUAUUGCGCUAUCAAUCUGUUCAAUUUAUAUAACAUAAAUUACUUUGAAUUGUAGUUGCCUGGUACUUGUGUAGAUGUUGAAGUGCCAUAACGGCAAUAUCUGGAGUCACCUUAAUUAUUCUAUUAAGUCUGCGAAAACCUACUGUUACUUUUAGGACUCUACAUAGAAGUUUGUAGAAAAUCUAUUGGCUGCUCUAGGUUACCCUGGCUAUAUCCGCUUUAGUUUCCGCCUACUCUAGUUUUUAUUGUAUAAACAAAACACACGGCGCAUUUUGUAUUUAUUUAUGUUGUUUCAUUCAUAAUCUUAGUACUUACAUACAAAAAUAAUUAAAAAUAUACUUUGUUACGUUCA